AACAAAGUUAGGAGCCGACAUGUAUUUGCACAGCGCCGUCAGAGUAGAUAUAGCUUAAUGUCGCUUACAGCGAAUAACGAGAUGAUGCUGGACAAUACCUAUUCCCUCUAUUCACAGUGACAGACUCAGGAACCUCAUACUACGCCAGAGAGCACCUGCACUGCACUUGAGAGCGCAAUACUUUAUUUCUUUUAUGGCUGGCGACAGCGAAUCUUGGGAGGUGGGCGGGCCAAAGUGGUGUGGAAAAACGGAAGCCCGAACGCGAAGUGGCUCAUUGAGGCCGUUAAAGACGCCGCUGAGUGGCAUAGCAGUUCUAGGCUUGCUUUGUUCAUUAGCAUCCAUUGGCGAUGCCAGGAGGUGGCCUGUUGGAGGGCCAACGGAGCUGUGGCAGACACAUCAGCUACGGGCCAGAUGGCUGCUGCAGGCGGGCACCAGCACCAGCAGUUCCAGUCAAGCGUCAACGACGCCCAUUCUAUACGGCCAAGUACUGAAGCAAACGGAUCGGUCCUCUGGAUCGCUGGCAGUGGACGGUGGCGCGGUGGUGGUGGCCCGCGUGAUCCAGCCGCCACCGCCGCCGCCACCGCGCUCUUUAGUACCCACCACCAUACGCGGCACGCUGUCCCCCCAGGCAGUCUUCGUCGGUAUUGCUUUCGGAACCUUUGUUGCGUGCUGUAUCGGAGUGUUCCUGGCCUGGAGAACAAUUGAAACUACGGACUGGAGCCAGGUGCGUGCGUGGCUGUCAAAAUGGCUGGGGCGGCCGCUGGCACAGCAGCAGGCGACAAUGGUGUCCACCCUCAACGGUGAACGCACAGACGGGCCACAGGCCGAGGCCGGCGCCACGGAAGCAGCUACCGCUGACGCCGCGACCGACAGCCCAACCACGGGCGGCUAUGUCUCAGGGACGGGGAGCCAGUCGCAGCUCGCGGAGGCUGGCGCCAGCUAUGCAGGUGACGGAAACGCUCCUGCCGGCCCGGCUACAUUGGCCCCACUGCCGCUAGCCGGCGUGCAUCUGGCAGGCUCGCAUCCGGGGCGAGAGACGGAGGAUAGCCACGCCCGCAGCCAGCUGGCGGCUGGGCCGCACUCGCAGCGCCCGCUAGCUCAGAACGAGGGUGUGAGUGAUGGGGGCGCACCUGCGGAGGACGCGGCGGGUCCAGGCGGGCAUCCGGCUGGGUACGGCAGCGAUGGCUUGCGCCUUGCGGCGGCGAGGCUGCCCGGGCAACUUGCAACCAACAGCGACGCGUCACUCGGGGCUGGGGAGACGGCCGGCGUGCAGGGUCUGACACCUGCUGGAGCGGGUGUUGGCUGCUCUCCUGGCGGCAACGCUUAGCAUCACUGGCCACGCGUUGCCCGCCUACCUGGGGCAAUGACGGCAAGCAGCGCAAGCGCUGCGCCCCAACCGGGGCCUAGGACAUGCGGGCGGGUCCAUGAACAUUGGGGAUGCUGCAGAGUGAUCACGAGCGAGUAUGUGCAAUGCGACAACAUGUGUGGGAAGCAUUGGGCGUGUUCGAAGUACCGUAUGAAGCAGUAUGGUUGCAUAUUUGUACGCUUGCCGUGCGCGGCCCUGCCCACACUACGCCGGCACUUUUCCUGUGCGGGCUCGUCAGGACGGUCACUUGCAAGAGUUCAAAUGUCUGACAUGAGCGGUUGUGCGCCGGUUUCCUUCCGUCUGUGUUAACGUCGGUAUCUAUGCAUGUUGGAGGUUGCAGACGCGCUGGCCGGGAGGUGGGUCAUUCUGUGCUCACAUGCUCGAAGUAUGAACAAGGCCAAAGGCAGGCAGAGUAGUGCUUUUGGCAGUCGUAGAGCCCUCCAUCGCUGCCCUGGUAUGCGAAUCCACUGCUGCUCGAUGGACAGGCCAACCUGACUGGUGCGCAUUGUGUGAGACGGCCGUUAGCCGCUGGCAAGCAGAUUCCGCGGGGAUCUCCUGUAGGUGAAGGGCUCAUAUCCCUCCAACUUCAUGCUGCGUGUCGCACAAGUCAUAAACCAGGUAGAUCACGUGAUUCCUGACAUGUAGUGGGGUGUGAGCUUUGAUUUCAUGGACUUCGCUUGUUCUGCUGCAUGAAAGCAGGCGGCUGCAUUACGACAGCGUGCGUUCUUGUGCGUGUGUAUCUUGGAUUGCGGUACUGUAGGCGCCCAUGCGCCCGUCUGACGAGUUUGGGCCCACGCUGCGCUGGCAUUGGCGGUGCCGUGACUGGGUGUUAUAUUGUAGUGCAGUUGCUCCAAUUAUUGAACACCUUGGGUGGCUUUCACACUAUGGUAUGGCUCGUAGAAUUGGUCAUACAUGCAUGGACGGUCCCCAUGUCGGACCGCUCUGGUCGUGUGUGCACGGCAGUCGGGGUUUGGUGGCAAACAACAGAUGUCAACGUGUCGUGGUGGAUAAUUUGAUCAAAAACUGCGUUGAGGGAGCAUGCGGGAGAGGAACGCAAGCGGUAACCUGUGUGUAUGUGCGAACAGUGUGAGGGUUGGGAGGAAGACCGAUUCAGCCUGUCGGGGGGACCCGGGGCGUCCGCCGGCUGCGGAUGUGUGGAGGGGGGUUACCGCAUGCACUAGCCAAAAUUGUGGUGCAAGCCAUAAGUGCGGCUGCGUCCCGUCCACUUUGAGUUUAGAGCGUAUUACCCCCACGAUCACGUGCCCCGCCCGCAACCCAGCCCCGUGGACGAGCCACAUGGCCGGGAUGUGUUGGGUUGGGAUGGCAACAUACAGCAACGCCCUGCUGGGCAGUGCGUGGGCCCUAGUGGGCCUCCCAGAGGCGUUAGGACUUUCCGUUUCAUGGUACUUGCCUGCUGCCGCUUGGUACAUGCGCUGUGCGAGUGCAGUCGGUUGAGGGUGCUUUCACCAGUCCUCCUGUUGAACGAUGGUAGGCUGCGGCAGCCGUGUUAUCGAGAAUGCUUUUAGACGAACAAUGUGUGUGUGUGUGUGUGUCAGCCCGCCGUCGGGCCCGGAUCGAAGUAACUAGCUGAAUUGCAAAAGAGUAAGCAUGCUCCUGCCUCAAUUCGAGUAUUACUGAGCGUUGUAGUUGCUGUGGCGGCUGCGUAAUGCUUGGCUGUUUGGGUGCGCGAUGUGAUGACCGCAGCUGUGCUUGGCGCCUUGGCCACUGGACCAGUGCAGACCCGGCUAUAUCGGAGAUGCUCCUUACUGACACACUGCCUCAGACGGGGGAAUGUUAUGUGGGCUCAC